AUGCACACUAAUGAAGGGAAAGUGGAGCUACAUGGAAAACAGCUAGAGAUUGAACAUUCAGUUCCUAAAAAGCAAAGGAGCCGCAAAAUUCAGAUAAGAAAUAUCCCACCUCAGCUACGAUGGGAAGUUCUGGAUGGUUUGCUAGCCCAAUAUGGUACUGUAGAAAAUUGCGAACAAGUGAAUACGGACAGCGAGACAGCAGUUGUCAACGUCACCUAUUCAAACCGGGAGCAGACCAGACAAGCAAUCAUGAAGCUGAAUGGACACCAGCUGGAAAACCAUGCACUGAAGGUCUCCUACAUCCCUGAUGAACAGUCCAUACAAGGGCCAGAGAAUGGGCGACGGGGAGGCUUUGGUACCCGGGGUGCUCCCAGGCAGGGUUCGCCUGUUGCUGCUGGAGCGCCUGUAAAGCAGCAGCCAGUGGACAUCCCCCUUCGACUCUUGGUACCCACACAAUAUGUGGGGGCCAUUAUUGGCAAGGAAGGAGCCACGAUUCGCAACAUCACCAAACAGACACAGUCCAAAAUCGACGUGCACAGGAAGGAGAAUGCAGGUGCAGCGGAGAAAGCCAUUAGCAUCCAUUCCACCCCUGAGGGCUGCUCAGCAGCUUGUAAGAUGAUCUUGGAGAUUAUGCACAAGGAGGCAAAGGACACCAAAACAGCUGAUGAAGUUCCUUUAAAAAUCCUGGCCCAUAACAACUUUGUGGGAAGACUGAUCGGCAAAGAGGGGCGGAACCUCAAGAAGGUAGAACAGGACACGGAGACGAAAAUCACCAUCUCCUCCUUGCAGGACUUGACUCUGUACAACCCUGAGCGGACCAUCACCGUGAAAGGCUCCAUUGAAAACUGCUGCAAAGCUGAGCAGGAGAUCAUGAAGAAAGUGAGGGAGGCAUACGAGAAUGAUGUGGCUGCCAUGAGCCUACAAUCUCAUCUGAUCCCUGGCCUCAACCUGGCUGCUGUUGGCCUGUUUCCUGCCUCCUCCAAUGCAGUGCCACCUCCUCCCAGCAGUGUCUCUGGGGCAGCACCAUACAGCUCCUUCAUGCCUCCAGAACAAGAGACAGUCCAUGUCUUCAUCCCUGCUCAGGCUGUUGGUGCAAUCAUCGGCAAAAAAGGACAGCACAUUAAGCAGCUCUCCAGAUUUGCGAGUGCCUCCAUCAAGAUUGCCCCGCCUGAGACACCGGACUCCAAAGUGCGCAUGGUUAUAAUCACUGGACCACCCGAAGCUCAGUUCAAGGCACAAGGACGAAUUUAUGGCAAACUCAAGGAGGAAAACUUUUUUGGACCUAAAGAAGAGGUGAAGCUGGAGACGCACAUCAGGGUCCCUGCCUCAGCUGCAGGGAGAGUCAUUGGCAAGGGAGGCAAAACUGUCAAUGAACUGCAGAACCUGACGGCAGCAGAGGUGGUGGUGCCACGGGACCAAACUCCUGACGAGAAUGAGCAAGUCAUAGUAAAAAUCAUCGGACACUUCUAUGCCAGCCAGAUGGCGCAGCGGAAAAUACGUGAUAUCCUGGCCCAGGUAAAACAGCAGCAUCAGAAGGGACAGAGCGGCCAGACACAAGCACGAAGGAAAUAAGAGCGGCAACAAUAACACCACCACCACGUGAAAGAGGAACGAGCCGAAGUCAGGCUUAAGAGUGGCUGGGAAUCAGUUACCGUAGACAACUUUUCCAUUAACGGAUUGAGAGUCAAAGGCAGUUUGAUUGGCUUCCAAGGUAGAUGCCUAUGUUAAAAUAAAGCACCCAAAUUUGAGCCAUUACAAUCACUAAGCCCCAAAGGCUACUUAAAGAAGCAACUGCUGCAGUGUGAGGAUUCUGCAAAGCAGCAUAUAGUGACCGAGAGCCCAGGCUCUUGACAAAUCCAACACAGAGCUAUUGAGGCUUACGCUCCUCCCACUGUAGCAUCUGCAGCCUAGGUGCUCAUUUAAGUAGCUUUCAGAGCUACAAAUCCACCCCAGUCUUGCAUUUCUGUUGUAGUCAUCCACCAAGAGCCCCAGGGCACUCUCUAGCCAUCAUAUUACAAACAGAAAUUUGGCUGAUCAAAAUUCCUAGAGAAAAGUCACCUUUAAAAAAAAAUUAGUGUCAGUUUGUAGAAAUUCCAAUGGACAGGGUGGUUUCUAAUUCCAUUGAUGAUAAAUCCCAACAUGAGUAAAGGCAACUUAAGUAGUCCACUUUGUUUUUGGAUUCUACAGUAGCAGAAAGGAGAAGAUAUGGGACUCCCACAUAGGUAAUGAUGCAAACCAAUACAGUUUGCUUAGGCAAAUAGUUUUGAUUCCUCCCCAUUUUAAAUGAUGACAACAACAAAAAUCAGCUUUGUAGGAUUUAAC